AUUAUUAUUGUCGACCGAAAAUGGCCCAACGGACGUGGCAUAUGUUUGCGGUGUUAUCGUUAAUAUUUACAGUUUUAUCACUGGUUGGAGAUGUUUCGUCGUCGACGGCGGCCCCGUGGUACGAGAACCUGCCGGCGGUCACCAUGGACUACAAGGUCCACGUGGAUGCGGGCAAGGAGGACUGUUACUAUCAGUACGUGCAACCGGGCGCUACGUUCUACGCCAGCUAUCAGGUGUUGAAAGGUGGGGAUGGUAUGUGCGGUUUCGCAGUCAGACACCCGAAUGGCCAGAUAGUGCAUCCAUACGAGUGGAGGCAGAGUGCGGAGUAUGCGGACCAGACCUCCACGGGGGGCUACUACGCGGUGUGCAUAGACAACCAGUUCUCGAGGUUCGCAGGGAAGCUGGUCAACCUGUACCUGUCCGUGAUCCGCUACGACAUGUGGGAGAAGUACGCCAAGGAGGUGGAGGACCUGGAUAUGAAUAUUAAGAACUUUACUGCGUCGAUCCAGUUUGUGGAGCGCAACAUCAACGACAUCCUGCAGUACCAGUACCACUCGCGCGCGCGGGAGUCGCGGGACUACAACCUGCUGCAGGACAACAAUGUCUAUGUCACCAGAUGGUCCCUGAUACAAAUCCUGGCGGUGGCGGCCACGGGCUGUAUGCAAGUUUUCUUUGUAAGAAAACUAUUUGAAGUUAAGGAGAACUCAUCCAAGUCAAGAAUAUGAUUAAACAUGAACAUAAGUAUAACAUAUUUCUCAUCUUCGGGACUGAACUAACCAUUCCUUUUUAUACUUACGAAUUUCAAAUAUUUAUGCAUAUGGAUAGACAUUUGAUUUGAUGCCAGUGAUCAUGAAUGCAAUGAAGGGAUGUGUGAAAAUGUACAGUUCUGUUAUAUAAGGUCAUGAAGAAUGGUAGAAGAGAAAGGAGUCUGGUAGU